AGCAACCUGAUCCAUGACCCGGACUUUGUGUUAGAGUAACAGAGAAGAAGAGAGCACUCUGUGGCGGCGGGAGUCCGAUAACUGGAUUUUAUGCAUAUUACAGAAAUGCGUCGUUUCUAGGUUAAUGUUGCUAUGAGUCCUUGGAAAUGAUAUUUAAAGAGUCAAAUCUGGAAUUCUUUAUGGGUAACUUGAAAAGUUUGAUUUGAUCCAAUUGCAAAACAAACAACCGGCUCUUGGUUUUCUAAAAAAAAAUGGAAGAUAAAAGUCUGAAAGAGGAGAAGAAAUAUGCUGCUGAUAUGGACUCCAUAACCAAAGCACAUGCACGCAUCAAGCCAUAUGUUCACAAAACUCCUGUCCUAUCUUCUGAAACCCUUAAUUCCAUUGCUGGAAAAAAUUUAUUUUUCAAGUGUGAAUGCUUUCAGAAGGGUGGAGCAUUUAAAUUCAGAGGUGCAUCGAACACUGUGUUUUCUCUUGAAGACGAACAAGCUGCGAAAGGAGUUGCAACUCACAGCAGUGGUAAUCAUGCUGCAGCACUGGCUUUGGCUGCAAAAAUGAGAGGAAUUCCUGCAUAUAUUGUUAUACCAAAAAAUGCUCCGAAAUGCAAAGUUGAAAAUGUGAGACGUUAUGGAGGGCAGAUUAUAUGGUGUGAGCCUACUAUGCAAUCCAGAGAGGAAACUGCAAACAAAGUCUUAAAUGAGACAGGUGCUGUUCUUGUUCAUCCAUAUAACGACCCUCGUACCAUAAGUGGCCAGGGUACAUUGUCACUUGAGUUUCUUGAACAGGUCCCACAACUCGACACCCUAAUAGUUCCAAUAAGCGGUGGUGGUUUGAUAUCUGGGAUCACAAUUGGAGCCAAGUCCAUGAAUCCGGGUAUACGGGUUAUAGCUGCUGAGCCUAAAGGAGCCGAUGAUGCUGCACAAUCAAAAGCAUCUGGUCAGAUCAUCACCUUGGCUCAGACCAACACCAUUGCUGAUGGGCUUCGAGCUUCACUUGGAUCUCUCACUUGGCCCAUUGUACGGGAUCUUGUUGAUGACAUUAUAACUGUUGAAGAUAAAGAGAUUGUGGAUGCUAUGAAAUUAUGUUAUGAGAUACUUAAGGUUGCAAUCGAGCCCAGUGGUGCUAUAGGCCUUGCUGCUGUUCUCUCAGAUAGUUUCAAGCAAAAUCCUGCUUUCAAGGAUUCUCAUAACAUUGGGAUUGUGCUUUCGGGAGGUAAUGUGGAUCUUGGCGUUCUGUGGGAAUCAUUGCAUUUGCAUGGUUGAUAAAUUAUAUUCAACUGAAAACCAUAAACCCUAAAACUUCAGACAGAUAUAAGAUUGUGUUGUUGAUUUGUGUUAUUAAGAUGGGUUGAUAUUCUGGCAAAAAUAAGGAGGCCCAUGAAACCAGAUAAAAAAAAGCAUUAAAAUCAGGGGGGAGUGAUGAAUGUUGAAAGUGUUGUACAAUUUGUUUCAAGACAAGUUUGUUGGUCAAAUUCAUGUUUGGAUGUGUGUCGAAAUAGAAU